UUUAAUCAUUUUUUAGUUUUUUAAACAACAAUUUCCACAGCAAAAAAAAGUAUUUUUUAAUGUAAACAAAGUAUUUUUAAAAGAAGAAACGAAGUAGCAAGUGUGUUUAGCAAUAAAUUGAAAUAAUAAUUGACAGAGAAAAUUAGAAAAUAUUAAAAUUGCUGGUGGCUGGAGCAAAAAAAUCUAUAGUAAAAAAAAAUUUUCUUUGGUGAAAAAAAAAAAAUUGCCAAUCCCCUUUAGAAUUAAAUAGAAAUCAAACAAAAAGGAAGAAAAAGCACAAAGUGUAUUUAAAAGGGAAGGUGCAAGUGAAAUACGGCAGUUAAAAGCUAAACAACUGGUUUUAUAGGCAGCUUUCAAGCAUAGUUCUCUUUUAACAUAAACUCAACUUCAACAAUAAGAAUUUUUUAUUCGCAAAUAAACAGUAUUUUUAACGCCUGCUUUAUUAUUAAUUACAACGCCUAAGAGUUUUGUAGCGCGAUUGUUAUUUUGCUACAAGAAUUUCCGUGUUUUUUUUUUGUUAUUAAAAUUGCAUUUAAAACCACAUUUGCCUAAGCAAAAUAUCGCAGCAACAUCAAUUGGACGUAGAAGACAUGGAAAUUGAUCCAUCUCCAGUACCGCCACCUCAAGAAUAUUCGGAUAAUCCUGCCAUUCCUUAUCAAUCCGAAUCCUCCAUGAAUUUCGAUUAUUUACAUAGUUUACAUGCCGAUUCGGCCAUGGACUCCAGCAACAGUAGCUCUUCAUUCCGUACACAAGGUCUCAACUCACCGCGUCACUUUGCCGGUGUGGGAGGCAAUUCCACAUUACCGUCUAACUAUGGUCAGGUGGACGAUAGCCGAGUGCUGGACAGACCUUUCAAUUUGAAUGAAAGAUUUGUUACUGUAUUGGAUCAACUGGAUGCUCGUGUGGAAAAAUUCCGCAAAGAUGCCCUGGGUUUGCAGGAGAAACGUGAUUUCUUACUCAUGUCCAUCGAUUUGAUCAAAAGCAACGAUUUAAUGCAAAAUUUAUCAGAAUCUGAACGCGAAGAAAUUUCUUGUUACAUACAACGUGUUAAUUCUCGUCUCUCCACCGUGGAACUGAAUGUGCGCACGGUACGUGAUCAGUCCCAAGAGGAUUCGCUUAGUCAAAUAAACGUGCUCAUCGACAUGAUGAUCACCAUGGGCGAUCCAGUAUUAUCAAGACAACGUUGUCAAAUGUACUUGAACGCCUGCUGCAGUGCACGGGAAUCAGGCGGUUUACCCUCAUGCAGUGAGUCGGGCCUAGAUCUGGAUGCCGGACCCAUAGACAAGAAAUUCGAGAGUGUAUUGCUGGGCUGUACUUUAGAUGAUCAGAAGAAUAUUAAGAAACGUUUGCAGGCUUUAAUGGGUUACCUAAACAAACAAAUCAUACACCAUUGAAAUUAACAACAAAAAACAAACAAACAUAACGAAACAAUUUACUUUUUUUCGACUUGUAUUUUAGUCAAUAAUAAAAUUAAUUAUAAAUAUAUAAAUUAUUAAUUAUUAUCAUUAAUGUUUUCGUCAUUUUUUUUUAUAUAAAUAACUACACAUACACAAAACAAAAACAAAACAACAAAAAAAAAUAUUGAAGUAAAAUAUUCUUAAAGUAAAAAAAAAAUUUAUUUAAAUACAUAGUUUAAAAAAACCUUACAAAAAUUGCAACAAAUUAAAAUUUAUUGGCUAUUAAAGAAAAUAUAUUAUAUAAAUGGAUGGAUGUGUAUGAGAAAAGGUGUUUAGCUGAGUAUAGCAAAAUAAAUUACAAUUACAAAUUUUAGAUUUUAGCCAUUAAGUUGUUUAUUUAAGCCUACUUCUUCUAUUUUAUUAUUAUUACUAUCGCAAUUUCCUUAAACUUUUUGUUUAUCUUUCUUUUUUUCUCUAUGAUUUUUUAAUUUACUUUCAAAUACCCGUUUUAUGCCCGUUGUUGCCUAUUUUCCCAGAUUUUAUAUGACAUUUUUUCAAGAUUUUUUUAAUAUUUUUAUUGUUUAAUAAAUCAUUAGCAAUUUGUUUAUGUUAUAAGUUCUUAUUUUUUAUUGUAUUAUUAUUAUAAUUUGUAUUAUUUUAUUAUUAUUAUGAAUUCCGAAAUAUUUCUAUGAAUUUAAAAAAAAGAAAGUAUGUUUAAAACUAAAUUUUAUUAUGAAAAUUGUAUUUGAAAUACAUAAAGAAAAUAAAUAUAAAAAAAAAACGAAAAAAAAAAUAAUAA